GAAAAAAACAAAAACAAUACUAAGAAUGACUUCAUUAUGAAAUUAUUAUUUUAUGAAUAUUUUUUUUGUGGGCCAAAAUGAAUGGACUUCCGGUUUGGCAUCGCUGGAGUGACGUCACGCCUGCUGGAGUGGCACCUUUCAGACAUGGAGGAAGUGAGAGUGUUUCCACUGUCAUGCAUGGUCCAAAACUAUGCCUGGGGGAAGGUGGGGCUGGACAGUGAGGUGGCCAAGCUGGUGCUAGGUGGAGAUCCUCAAGCUGUCAUACAGGAUGACAGACCAUACGCCGAGCUUUGGAUGGGCGCCCACCCUAAAGGAGAUGCUCUUAUCAAAGACAACAGAAUUUCGCAGAGGACCCUAGGGCAGUGGAUCGCUGAUUACCCAGCAUGCUUGGGGUCAAAAGUCAAAGACACCUUCCAUGGGCAGCUCCCUUUCUUGUUUAAAGUGCUGUCGGUCAACACUGCGCUUUCCAUCCAAGCUCAUCCCAAUAGAGAGCUAGCGGCUAAGCUACACGCCCAGUUCCCUGAGCAUUACCCCGACAACAACCACAAGCCCGAGAUGGCGAUUGCACUGACUGAGUUUGAAGGCCUGUGUGGUUUCCGGCCAUUGGAAGAAAUCAUAUCGUUUCUCAAAAAUGUCCCAGAAUUUCAUGCGCUGGUAGGUAAUGAGCCAGCGGAUGAGCUGCAGAGAAGCAGAGAUAACCCUGCACGUGCCUCUCUCGCACUGAAGAAGUGCUUCAGCAGGAUGAUGAACUGUGAGAAGAAAGUAUUUGUAGAUCAGCUAAACAUGCUGGUGAAAAGAGUCUCUGAAGAAGAGGCUGCAGGCAAAGACGUAUGCAGCAGUAACGGAGAGCUGCUGCUUCGGCUCCACUCUCAGUACCCAGGUGAUAUUGGCUGUUUUUCCAUCUACUUCCUGAACCGCAUUGUGCUGCAUCCAGGAGAGGCCAUGUUUCUGGGAGCUAAUGAACCUCACGCCUAUCUGUCUGGAGACUGCAUCGAGUGCAUGGCAUGUUCGGAUAACACGGUGCGUGCCGGACUGACUCCGAAGUACAUCGAUGUGAACACGUUGUGUGAAAUGUUAAACUACAGUCCCGCUCUGGCCAGUGCCAAAAUCUUUCCCGCAAUUCAGGACCCUUCAGACCCCUGUGUCCGCCUGUACGACCCACCUGUACCGGACUUCACUGUCAUGAGGAUACAGGUUCCUCCCUCAGUGAAGCAGUACACCAUGAGCUCUUUGGACUGUGCGUCUAUCCUGUUAGUGACAGGAGAGGCCAGCACUCUAUCAGACCUCAUGCUGCACAAGGGUUCCGUCCUGUUCAUCUCAGCCAAUGAGAGCGUCACGCUGCAGGUGACAUCGUCUUCUGGCAUUAGAAUGUUCCGAGCCUGCUGUCUUCUCUAGACAGAAAUGCGGUCCUGAGUUCGUAGGACAUGUUUUGCUCUCGCUGAUAUGUUCAGCGUGUAUGAUUUUACCCAUAAUACAUUGGUUUUAACGUUGCUCCUUGAUCAGCAACUUUAAGGGAACAUAACCACUGAGGAUUAACCAAACCAUUUCAGCAAUAUACCAAGCAAAAUCAGUAUAGUAACAACACACACACACACACACACACACACACACACACACACACACACACACACACACACAGAAAUAUACCCAUGUGGUGUCUUUUGGUAGGGGUCCUUUCCUUUGAGCCGUAUAAUGGUUGAAUUAAGGAACAGGUAUUUGGGUGAUGGGUAACUUUACAAAGUGCCAGUUUUCUCAUUCCGAGCAUACUUAUGGCCGAGCAUGACAAAUCAUUUGAGAUUAUUUGCUUUUGUGUUUGCCUGAAGAAAAAGUCCUCUUAGUUUCCUCCUUAUUAUUACGCAUGUGCUUUGAUAGAAACGAGCCAGUCAUCUGCUGACAUCACCUCACCCAGCCCAGUUAGAAUCAUCAUUCGAAUGCGCAGCUGCAUGUUGUAGUUGACUUUCUAAUUAGCAUUUAGUCUAACAAAAUAAAUAAAUUGCAGCUUGCAUUAAGGUUAUUAUAGAAGUCCUAAGAGGGCAUGCAUUAUAAUGUUUUAUUCUUUUCUUCUUGUCUCAUGAACUUGACAUUACAAGAGUAGUUUUCUCGUUAUCUCGCCAUAAUGAAAGUAGUUUUCUCGUGAUGUCGACGUGAAAGUAGUUUUCACGACUUCAUUUUCUAGGCAUAACAAACGUUAUUACGCGAUUUCGCCAUAACUAAAGUAGUUUUCUCGUGAUCUCGACAUCAAAGUAGUUUUCUCGUGAUCUCAACAUCAAAGUAGUUUUCUUGUGAUCUCGACAUCAAAGUAGUUUUCUUGUGAUCUCGACAUCAAAGUAGUUUUCUCAUGAUGUAAACAUCACAGUAGUUUUUUGUCAUCACGACUUAAUUUUCCCGGAAUAACAAAAAUUUGUUUUCUCGUGAUCUCGACAUAACAAAAGUUGUUUUCUUGUAAUCACGACUUAAUUUUCUCACCAUAACAAAAGUUGUUAUUACGUGAUUUCGCCAUAACAAAGUAGUUUUCUUGUUAUCGCUAUUUAAUUUUGUCGGAAUAACAAAAGUUGUUUCCUCAUGAACUGGACAUAAAAGUUGUUUUAUCGUAAUUUGGCCAUUACAAAUGUUGUUUUUUGUGAUUUCAACGUAACAAAAGUUGUUUUCUCAUGAUCUCCUCAUAACAGAAGUUGUUGACUCGUGAUCUCUUCACAACAGAAGUUGUUUUCUCGUGAUCUCCUCAUAACAAAAGUUGUUUUUAAAGUAAAAGCAUUUGCUUUGAUCGGGGACUCAAACACAAACUACAAUAGCUCUGUGCCUGUCAGUGAUGGACACUUACACUUAAGUGGGAGGAGGCUGUCAGGUCUGCAACUUUAUUGUGGAAGACAAUAUAGCGACCCUGAACGUGUAAUUGAUUUCAUUACCAGCCAGUUUGAGAGACUGGGGCAUUUGCAUGCCAAUUAAAUGUUGAUAACCAGAAAAGAAGAAAGAAAAAAUAUUAUAACGCAUGACCUCUUAGGACUUGUGAAGGUUAUACCUAAUGUAAAAUGAAAUUCUCACAGGGAAAUGUUUUAACCUGAAAGCACAUGCUCAGUCAGCAGACUCACGAAUCACUCUUACUAUGUGAAACGCAAAACUCACUCUUCAGGGACUUUUUAAAUUAUAAAAAUAACCACUACUGAGGAAAAAAACUUCCGGUUUUUAUUUAAGAACGUAAAACCGAUUUUACGUACUCUUUUAUGAAUCUGCUAAUAGAGUCGGUUGUAAACAGGAUGCUGGUCAGAUCUCUUGUUUUGUUUUUUUCUUGGUGAAAGAGGAAACCAGUGAUCAAGUUGCUGAUAGUGUUUUUACAUGACUAGCGUGAAAGUUGUUCCUGGUACUACCCGUCCUCCGUCCCUGUUCCUCUGCAAGUACGUGUUUGUUCUUUCCCUGAGACGUCUCUUACUGGAAUCACAUGACGAUAUUUGAUGUACAAAGUAUUUUACGAAUAUUUGUUUACUGUAAUCUCUGUGCACUUUUUUGCGAGGGCAUCCGAUGCGGGUAGUGCACCAGAUCCUCAGAUUUUCAGUGUUUGCUACCUCCGGUGAAGGGUCGGAAUAAAGGCAUGGAUUAGCAUUUUGGAAUCUGCUGUGGCAUGAGGAUGUGUAAACUAUUUAAACCCUAAUAAACUACAAUUCUGUCGAAA